AAUUUUUCCUAGUUUCGCCCUACUUCUGAUCCCUGUCCAAAACCCUCGCUUUAUGUCACUCUACUGGUUUCGCCCAAAACCAUCUCCUUCGUGAACGAACGCCCGCAACACAAUCGCCAUUAAAGCUAGCUGGGAACACAACAACGGGAUCGCGGUUUACAGAGACCACCGAAACUCCUUUCUUUCUCAUCCUCCCGCUCCGCUCCUACCAGAAACCAUUGAGGAAGGGUCUAGGUUAAAUUCUGCAUAAAUCCUGCUUAAAACAGGCUACCGAACAGCCCCUAAGCAGGUCGCCCCUUGCAAUGGAAGCUUCGAGGUUGAAGAAAAAGACGAAGAAAAGGAAGAGCAGGCAGAGCUCGGAAGUCCAAGGGGGACAGCCGAGUGCCGAAGAUGUCAGCACCGUCGAGGAGGAGGAGCGACAUGUGGAUAACCAGAAAGAUGAAGACUCUUGUGAUUUAUCAGGCAGUGGAGAUAAAAAAACAACGGAAGGAGGUGGAGGCGAAGGAGAAGAAGCUCCUGCAUCUAAGAAGCUGAAGGCGGGGAAGAAUAAACGCAGCGGAAUCAUGACCAAUGAGCCCUUCUCCUCUCUUCCAAUUGCUGAGCCCACAAAGGAAGCCAUCAGGGAGAUGGGCUUCGUAAAUAUGACCCAGAUUCAAGCUAGAGCCAUUCCUCCUCUCUUGAUGGGGAAGAAUGUCAUGGGGGCUGCAAGGACGGGCUCUGGAAAGACUCUUGCCUUUUUAAUACCAACAGUUGAGUUGCUAUAUAAUAUCAAGUUCUCUGCUAGGAAUGGUGCUGGUGCUAUCAUAAUUUGCCCAACUAGGGAGCUUGCUAUUCAGACGCAUACUGUGGCGAAGGACCUAUUGAAGCACCAUUCUCAGACUCUUGGAAUGGUUAUUGGAGGUGCAGCACGAAGAGGGGAAGCUGAACACCUUGCGAAAGGAGUCAACAUCGUUGUAGCUACUCCUGGCAGGCUUCUUGACCAUCUUCAAAACACGAAGGGGUUCAUAUAUAAAAAUCUGAAAUGCCUUAUCAUUGAUGAAGCCGAUCGGAUACUAGAGCAAAACUUUGAGGAUGAUAUGAGACAAAUUUUGAAGCGCCUUCCUGAGGACCGCCAAACAGCUCUGUUUACGGCUACACAGACUAAGGAGGUUGAGGAUUUUGCAAAAUUAACAUUCAAGGAAGCUCCUGUAUAUAUCGGUGUUGAUGAUGGGAGAUCAAAGAUUACCGUCGAAGGACUGCAGCAGGGUUAUUGUGUGGUGCCAAGCAACAAAAGAUUCCUGGUUUUGUACGCUUUUCUGAAGAAGAAUUUGUCAAAAAAGGUCAUGGUUUUCUUUUCUUCUUGCAACUCGGUCAAGUUCCAUGCAGAGCUUCUCAAAUAUAUUCAGAUAGAUUGUUAUGAUAUCCAUGGAAAGCAGAAGCAACAGAAAAGGACUACUACCUUUUUUGACUUCUGUAAGGCCAGCAAGGGUAUCUUGCUUUGUACUGAUGUUGCUGCUCGUGGUCUUGAUAUUCCUUCUGUGGAUUGGAUUUUGCAGUAUGAUCCUCCUGAUGAGCCAAAGGAAUAUGUACACCGAGUUGGCCGAACUGCUCGUGGGGAAGGUGCUGAAGGAAAUGCUCUACUCUUUUUGUUGCCUGAAGAGUUGAAGUUUGUUUCCUAUCUGAUUGCCGCUAAUGUACCUGUGAAACAAUACGAGUUUUCUGAGAAGAAGGUUCCAAAUUUGCAAUCUCAACUGGAGAAAUUAGUUGGGGAGAACUACUAUUUGCUUCAGUCAGCUAAAGAGGCAUAUAGGUCCUACAUAUUAGCAUACAAUUCACACUCCAUGAAGCUAAUAUUCAAUGUUCACCAUCUCAAUCUUCAGGACGUCGCUGCAUCAUUCUGCUUCAGGUCACCCCCAAAAAUAAAUCUGAAUUUGGAGAGUAGUGCAUCCAAGUUUAGGAAGAAGAUGCGACGAGUUAAUGGCAAUUUUACCAUUCCAUAUAGGAAUGUAGGAGCUGAUAAGAGGCAGUUUACGAGGAUUUAACAAGUUUCCAGUUAAUCAAGCGUUCUGAACAUUUAAAGAGAAGAAAAAGUGCAGCUGGAUAUUGCUAAAUUGUAAAAGUUUUCUUACAGUGCUCAUUUUUUUGGUGUUUUAUGACCUUCGGCUGAAAUUGAUAUCAGUCACUGAGUAAUUAGUGUCAUUUGAACGUUAAGAGUUUAACAUGAAAGUUUGAAUUAAUUUAUAAAUGCAGUACAAUUUUGAAGAUUGUAAUUCUGUAUUGUUCUGUAAACCUUUUUAUGAUCUAGGAAAUUUAUAGUAGAUGAUGAGGACGAUGAGGUUUUUGGUUGAGUGCUGGCUUGAAGAAUAGUCAUUUGUAUGCAAACUCAUCUUCUAUUGAUGAUAGCCUCAUGUAUUUGUUACGCCUAGUGAAGUCUUAGUUCUUUGAUUCCAUCACCUUAUUCAUAACCACUUGUAAACUUCUCU